GCACGCCGCUCCGGCGGACAGCCCCUGGCUAUGAUUAACCCUUAGUACGAGGGAGCCGGAGGAGAAGAAACGUAGGAGUGUCAGAGCAGAGAGGAAGGCGCAUAGUGCAUGGCUGCCCGCGGUGCCACUGCCGAGACGCCCAGAGCCGCAGCUCUACUGCCGCCCGCAGCCGCGAUCUCUCCGUCAACUCCACGGCCAAGCCUCAGUCCAUCCGCCAACUUAGAUUCAGCUGUUGCUGCUUAUGCUGGUCAUUUCUCCUCCAUCAGCAGAGCUCUUAUGGAUCAAAAACUGUUGAUGUCCGAAUCAAAUUACAAUCAUAAAAUUUCUGGAAUACCGUGCGUAGCUGCCGCAUCGAGAUACACUGCUCCAGUCCAUAUUGAUGUGGGUGGAUCAAUUUAUACUUCUUCGUUGGAAACUCUUACUAAACACCCAGACUCUCGUCUAGCAAGAAUGUUUAAUGGAAGCAUACCAAUCGUAUUAGACAGUCUCAAACAACAUUACUUUAUUGACCGAGAUGGUAAAAUGUUUCGCCACAUACUAAAUUUUAUGAGAACGAACAAUUUGUCUCUUCCAGAUGAUUUUAAUGAACUAGACUUACUUUAUGAAGAAGCUAGGUUUUAUGACAUUCCAGCCAUGUUACGGCAAAUCGAACAAUUAAAGCGAGAACGUAGCAAAAGAAAGAUGGACUCAUGUUCUUCACCAACCCAAUCACGGAAUGGGCGGAAAUAUGAAAAUCAGAAUAACAUACAAAAUGAGUGCAGUAGUAGUCCUGGAUAUGAUUGUCCUGGAGAAUUUCAGUGCCUUGCACUGAAUGUCAGCCCUGACUUAGGUGAAAGGAUUGUUAUUAGUGGAGAUCGAGCUUUAGUGGAAGAAGUUUUUCCAGAAAUAGGUCAACCACUCAUGGACGCUCGAAGUAGUGUAGCUUGGAAUCAAGACUCAAAACAUGUAAUUCGAUUUCCUCUAAAUGGUUAUUGCAAACUAAACUCUCUCCAAACUAUUGUUAGACUUUUAAACAGUAGUUUUAGAAUACUUGCAUCAAAUGGUGGUGGUGUUGAAGGACAACAAUUCAGUGAAUAUUUAUUUGUUCGAAAGUGUGCUCCUCUGUGAAAUCAGAAGUAGUUGCAUACAAAUACUGUGAUUGAGCUAACUUUAAAAAUUCCUAAUAUUUUGUAAAAAAAAUUAAAAUACACUGACAAAUGAAAAUAUUUAAAGUCAAAAUAAGAACUUUAAUUAAGAUUUAGGUGCCAAGUUAUGUAAAAUGUAAAUUGUAUUGUUGUUAUGUAUGUUAUUCUUUCAAAAGUUACUGUUACAACCACAUUGUUAGUGAUCAUGAUGUGAUUAUUUGUCAUUGUUUAAUCUUUUCUGUAUGCUGUAUGUUGAACUUAAUUUCCUUCAUUUAAAUCCCUAUAAAAGAAUUUUACUUCUGUA